AUGCUGGAGGGUCUUCUCAGCGCGACCAGCAGCCUCGAAGUGAAGUCGGCCCUUCUGGGAGGACUUUUGGCCUUGCUCGUGCAUGUCCUGAAGGCCCUCUGGGCGCGAGACCGCGGAGACUGCGGAGACCGCGGAGACCUUGCAGCACCGCUGCGCGGGCGCGGUACCGCGGUACCGCGCGCGUUGCACGUGGGUGGCCCCCCGCGGAUCCUUUGGGCCUUGCUGUGCUGCAGUUUGGGAGGGCUGUCAGUGCAUGCGGCCAAGAAUGCUGUGGAGCAUGGGCCGUUUUCGGUGACCUUGAGGCGGCAGGUGAUCCCGCUUCAUAGUGAGGAUGGUGUGGUGCACCACAAGAGCGCCUACUACGGGGAGAUCUCCGUGGGCUCACCGCCACAAGCCUUCGAGGUGGUCUUCGACACCGGCAGUGGACACCUGGUGCUGCCCUCGGUGAUGUGUCGCUCGGCCACCUGCCUGAGCCACCGCCGCUACCGGCGCCGAGCCUCGCUGGUCGCUCAAGACAUCGAUGUGGAUGGGACUCCAGUGCUGCCGAACCAGGCCCGGGAUCAGAUUACCGUCUCCUACGGCACGGGGGAGAUCACCGGCAUUUUCGUGCAAGACAAGGUCUGUCUGGGCCCCAAGAAGGCCACCCCGGCGACCGAUGUCCGCGCGCGCGGCGCCGCGGUGCAUGCUGGGAUGUCGGGAAGUGCCACGGGCGCCUCGCUACUGCAGCUGGAUCGUGCUCGCCUACAGAGUGCCUCACAACCCUUGGAGGAUGAGGAGGAGGCGCAGGCGGAGCACGGCUGCGUGGACUUGCGUCUGGUCUCGGCCACCGACAUGACCGAAGAUCCGUUCUCGAGCUUCCGCUUCGAUGGAGUCUUGGGCUUGGGGCUGCCGAGCCUGUCACAGACCUUGGAGUUCAACUUCCUAGAGGCCUCGUCUGGAGCUCGGUCCUGGACGAGCCUCGUGCCCGACGGGGAGCGCAUGUUCGGCGUCUUCCUGGCCAAGUCCCCCGAGGAGGAGAGCGAGAUCACCUUCGGUGGGUGGAAAAGCGAACACAUGACGAACGGCAGCGAGCUGGCCUUCUGCAAUGUCCAAGACAGCGAGGAGGGUUAUUGGCAGCUGGACGUCUUCGGCAUCAAGGCGAACGGUCAAGUCUUAGACUUCUGCGCCAAGGGCUGCCGAGCCGUGGUGGACACCGGGUCGUCCCUGCUGGGGGUGCCCAGCGACCUGGGAGAUCAGCUCGUCGACUUGCUCCGACAUCCAGCGCAUGAAGGCGCUUGUGGAACUCGCUCCUCGGGCCCUGUCCUUGAGAUCGACUUGGGCAACUUCACGGUCGUCCUGGAUCCCACUGACUAUGCCAGGCUCGAGUUCCUCGACGAAGAUGGUGACGACGAGGGCGAGACGAGCCGAAACUCUGCAGAAGACUCUGCGCAGGAUGCGGCAUCGGAGCCAGAGAGCUCUGGAGCCGGAGCUCAAGGCGCCGUGCAUCCUGCCGGAGAGCAGACCUGCGUGCCGAUGGUGAUGCAUAUCGAUCUGCCACCGCCCUUGCACGAGCGAACGCUGAUCUUGGGCGAGCCGGUCUUACAGAGGUACUACACCGUCUUCGACGCCGACGGCGAGCGACCACGCGUGGGCUUCGCGCCUGCGCGGCAUCAACUGGAGGCGGUGGCAGAAGCACCGGAGGUGCCCGCAGAUCUGGAGGCAGAGGCCAAGAGGCUGCUGCAGUGGGCCAACAGCGAUGCAGCCUGGCGAGGCCCUCCGCCCGCCUCGUCUGCUGCGCCCAACCCAUCGGUCGCAGUGAGGGGCGCGUCCGCGGCGGCGGGGUCCAGCUACCUGGGGGGCUGUGAGGAUCCCUUCGCAGAGCUCCUCGCGCAGAGCGACGGGGUCGCCUCCGGUUUCUGCGAGGUGCCGGUGAUGCUGCUGCGGCGCAUCCGCGCCGAGGGACAGGCUCAGUUGGCGGAGAUCGCAGAGUUGCGCGCCCAGCUCGCCAAGCUCCCUGAGGUGGAGGAGGAAGUCGCCGAGAUGGAAGCGGAACUUCAAGAGCUGCAGACCAAUUGCGUGGUCAAUGCCAACGAGAUCGAGCUGCGGAAGAUGGAGGCAGAGACUUUGGCCUCGGAGGCGGUACGCUUGAAGGACGAGAAGCAGCAGCGCAUGAAGCGGUUGGAGGCCUUGACGGCCCAGGCGACGAAGAUCGUUGUUUUUCUGAAAGCUGCCGUCGUGCAGGACGUUCACAUCAGCAUCAAGUACGCCGGUAUCUGCCAUUCUGACAUCCAUCAGGAGUGGGGCAAGGGCAUCUUCCCCAUGGUGCCCGGUCACGAGAUCGCGGGCGUGGUGGAGUCCGUGGGCGAAGGCGUAACCAAGUUCAAGGUCGGAGACAAGGUGGGUGUCGGCGUCUUCGUGGACUCCUGCCGCCAGUGCAGCGCCUGCAAGAGCGGCGAUGAGAACUACUGUGAACCCGGAAUGGUGGCCACCUACAAUGGGCGAUACAAUUACAAGCACUGUGAGGAGUACGAUGAGGAGGGUGGUGCUCCGACGUACGGCGGGUACUCGCAAAGUAUCACCGUGGACGAGGCCUAUGUCUUGAAGAUUCCUGAUGGCAUGGAUAUGGCGGGUGCCGCCCCACUGCUUUGCGCAGGCAUCACCGUCUAUGCUCCGAUGGUCUUCCACAACUUGAAGCCCGGCAUGAAGCUGGCCGUCGCAGGGCUGGGCGGCCUGGGUGCCAUGGCAGUGCUCAUCGGCAAGGAAGAGGCGCUGAAGGGUCUCAAGGCAGACAAGGUCGUGGUGGUCACUGAUGAGGACGAGGCCAAGUCGGUGAAGGGUUAUUUCAACAUGAUGAUUAACACCAUUAGCGCCCAAUACGACCUCAGUGCCUACUUGGACAUGUUGGCCAAUGCUGGAAAGUUCAUCAUGGUGGGUUUGCCCUCCGAGCCGUUGAGCUUGAAGGGCUUCGGCAUCGUGGGAGAGCGCAAGAUGGUCGCGGGCUCCAAGAUCGGUAACAUCAAGGAGACCCAGGACAUGCUGGACUUCUGCGCGAAGCACGGCAUCACCUGCCCCCACGAGCUCAUCCCCGCCGACCCCGCCAAGGUCAACGAAGCCUACGAACGCGCCAUCAAGUCGGACGUGAGGUACCGCUUUGUGAUUGACACCUCCACGAAUAUCGGAAUAUCAGCUUCUCUAUUUCGCUUCGUGUUCAAUCUUUGCGGAACGGAGGUUUUGGCCUCUUUGUCAACUUCCGACUUUCUCUUGGCAACACGCCAAGCGGCUCUUGAGGAAGAGCCCUUUUUGCAGACACCAACUCAGACUGUGCACUGGCCAGCGGAUGAGAUCGAAUUCUGGUUGGACGCCGCGGGCCAUGCGCCCGCCGGCCCCGAGGGCCGCGCGCGGGUGGAGCGCUACAGGGCGGCGGCGCAGCAGGCCGCGCAACAGGCGAAGGCGGCGACGGCUUCGGCGGCUUCGGCUGCACCAGGUGGCGCCGGAUCGGCCGCUUCGGCGGCAGAGUCGGGUCCUGCGGAAGCUGCGGCUGCCGGUUCUGCGCUGCGUGGGAGUGCAGAUGUGCCGGUCCUGACCUUGGAGCAGUGGAAGGAGGCGUUUCAGAAGGAAGAGAUCUCCGAGUCCGAGCUGAAGGAGUUGGACGCCUUCUUCGCACGGAUCAACCCAACAGGCCGUGCGACGACGCCACCGGAGCUGCUGGCCGCCGCGGGGAAUCCCAAGUUGGGCCUCGCACGGCACCUCCGAGGCUUGGUGGCCAAGGUGGUUUCUCAGCAAGGGAAGCCGACGGCAGAGGGAGAGACAGCAGCCAAACCUGGCGAGGCGGAGAACGCCAGCGCCACCGCUGUUCCGGCGGAAGCGGCGGCUGCGAAGGCAGAGAAAGCAUCUCCUCCUGCACCCGAACCUCAUGGAUCAAAGGGAGAGAAAGCAUCUCCUCCUGCACCUGAUCCUGUUGGAUCCAAGGCUGAGAAGUCACCUGCUCCAUUGCCCGAGCAGCGUGCUGAGGCAGAAGAGGAAGCGGAGGAGGAUGCCUUCACGAAAGAGGAAUGGCUGGAGUUCUUUCAGGAUGAUGAGGAAAUCACAGAGGAGGACUUGGGUGUCUUAGACGACUUGUUGGACAAGAUGGACACCUCAGGUGAUGGGCAGUUGUCUCCUCAAGAGAUCUCAGAAGCCUUAGCGGAUCCCAACUUCAAGAUGCCCGAGGCGAUUCGUGCCAAGCUGAUCGACUUCAUGAAGAAUGUCGGCUGA